AUGAAUCCUACAUUGGCAACCCCACGUAGAACAAGACCAAAAGUAAUGGAUCUUCGGUUUACUCCUAGAGAAGAUAACCAAGAAAAUAACCAACAAUUAGUUAUGCUAAAAGCAAAUAAACAAAAUUUCUUGAAUCCUCCAAUUCUUAACCAAUUGGGUGAACUUGAGAAUUCAAUAUUUUGUUUGUUUUAUCUAAAAAAUGCAAAUCACUUUGUUAAAUCUAAAUUUAAUUUAAUAAGAAUGAAUAUGUUAUAUAGUAAAUCUACUCCAUCAACACCUCGUUCGUUGAACAGUCCAAGAAGUCCAAGAAAGAAAUUUUCAUCACCAGAAUUACAAGAAGAAUUAUUAAAAUACAUGGAAAAGUAUAGAAUGAUUGGUGAUAACUUUGUUUGGUUAUCUGGACUGGUAUCUAUCUUUCAAAUAAAAUUUAGUGAAUAUUCCCAAAAAAAACUCAUUGAAUUAUAUCAUAGCAUCUUUUCAGUUAAUCCAAUCAUAACUGAUGGAGUUAAUGUUUUAUUAUCAUAUGAUACAAUAAAUAAAAAACCACGAAUUAUUCAAUUAACAAAAAACUUUCUAUUUAUUGGAAAAGAAGAAACAAAGGAAAUUGACCAUAUUAUUUAUUUGACUAACCCACAUCUCAUUCUCAUUAAUGAAACAACUAUUGGUUUUAACAACAUUAGUAUUGAGUUUAAACACCAAGAUGUAUGCGUUAAAUGGAUUGAUAAUUUAACAAAGUUACAGCCAUGGUAUGCCACAGUCCCACGAAGCACUAUUCGAAAAGAUGAUCAUUCUCUAAUAAUGUUUAAUCCAGAUAUAACUAGUGGAAACAGAAAUCGUUCAAGUAAUGAUUUAAUGAAAUCACAUGGGUCAUUAAUGCCAUUAAUUCAAAAAUCUGUAUCAACACCAAAUAAAGGAUUAUCUCCAAGAUCUAAAGGAUUGCUUUCAAAAGGAUUUAUCAGUAGAUUAAGCAAUAAAAGUAAAACAACAAAAAUAAUAAAAAUAGUAGGUGUUUCAUUAGAAACACUAAGUGUAGAAAAUAAUAUAAUCACAUUACCACCAAAUAUUAGUUUAUUAAUUCAAUAUCUCAAAAAACAUGCUAUUACUAUCGAAGGAAUCUUUAGAGUAUCUGGAAGUAAAGACAACAUCCAAAAGGUAGUAGAAAAACUCGACACUAAAAUGAUGACAUUUGAAUGUCUUACUAACUUUGAUAUUCAUUCUGUUGCAGGUGCAUUGAAAUUAUAUAUUAAAUUAUUACCAGAACAAGUCAUUCCAAAAUUUAUUGACGAUAGAUUAUAUGAAUUAUGGAAACAAAAAAAUACAUUACAAGAAGAUGAUUUAUUCCAACAAUUUCAUGAAAUUUACAAAGAUAUCCCUCCUAUGACAUAUAACUUUCUUAAUGAAUUACUUGAUCUUCUUCAUUUAAUUGCAAUGAACAAAGAAAUAACUAAAAUGAAUAUCGAAAAUUGCGUGACUUGUUUAGCUCCAUCUCUUCGAGGAUAUCCCUUUGUGUAUACUUAUUCUAUUCAGCACUAUUCUCAACUCUUCCCAAAAGAGAUUCACAACCAAACAAAAGAAAAAACAAUAGAAGAAUCAAAUACAACCAUGUAA